AUUAAUUUUUCUUGUUGCCUUCCCUUUAGGUACACUUCCGAAAUGCCACUGGAUCUGCCGUUUGCAUAUCGUCAGAGCGAGAGCCGAACACCCAUUGUGUUGCUGUACACUCAAGAAGCUAAUAUGGUGGAAAAACUGGUCAUUGAAGGAGCUCAAAAGAAACAGGUGGAGUUGCAUGUCCUUGCUCUAGCAAAUGUUGGCAUUGGUGAAGAACGUGUAGCGAGAAAGAUGAUUCAUAAGGCUAUGGUACAGGGUCACUGGGUUCUUCUUCAUAACGCCCACAACUCGCCUCGUCUAUUGGCGGCAUUGGAUUCAUUCAUGCACGAGACAAAGACAGUAGACUCUGAGUUUAGAUUGUGGGUGUCUGUCCAGCCACACCCAGACAUUCCCUCAUCUCUUCUGCAGUGUGCUAUUAAAGUUGUAGCUGAUUCGCCAAAGAACACUAAAGACAGCUUGCAGCGUUCUCUACAGUGGGUUGACGGUGACCUGAUACGAGUCAGCAUUCGCCAGGAGUGGCCCGCUCUGCUUCACAACCUGUGCAUGUUACACAGUUUAAUCAGGUUACGCACCAGGUAUGGUCUGACAGGCUGGAACAAGCCUCUGGACCUCAGGAAUUUUGGAACGGCGGAACUUUGGCAAGCGUUAGAUUUGGCUGUGCGCGAGUUUCAAGACAGCAUAGACUUGGCAGCUCAGAGUGGAGGCUCCUCAAGGAGUAUCCAGUGGAAUGGAUUACGGUAUAUGCUGGCAGAGGUGGUAUACGGCAGAAACAUGAGUGACGAGUUUGACCGCCAGGGCCUGAGUGCCAUGAUAGAUUACUGGAUCAGUCCGGCAGCAGUCAAACGAGAAUUCGAAGCUACAAAGAUUAAGUAUAAAUUGCCCUCAGCACUGUUCAGCAGUCACGUGAGGUUGAACAACCUUUGGUCAGCACUUGAAGGGUUUCCCGGUGAAGGGCUCGAAGUUCCAGAGGCUUGUGGGCUCCACCCCUCCCCUGAGACUCAACUGGGAGAUGAACAGUAUGUAUUUACUCGUUUAAACUACCUGCUGGAUCGUAUGGCCUCGUCUGAUACGCUCACUCACGCAGUUGUUGAACCAUCCACACUUAUGCCAUCGUCUGGCGUUAUUCAGCAGAGUUCAGCGGUACACACUUCUGGAGCAGGCUCAAUAAAUGUCGCCGAAGCGGGAGUCUUCGCCAGUGCCAGUCUUGUCUCGUUUCGCAAUCGGAAGGAGGUCGAGCUCAACGAAGUGUGCGCGACGAUGCUGGCGAAGAUUCCAAAAGUCUGGACCAAGGAAAGUGUUUACGAACGUAUGAAGAAGACAGGCGGGCCGAAUCCAUUUAAUCUCUUCGUGAUAGCUGAAAUGGAGUGUAUGCACAGAUUACUGGCAUGCGUUCGUGAAACGUUACUGGUAAAUGAAUUUGUCUAAUAACACCUUGCGUGGUAUAUUUUCUGGAAGAGAGAGGGGGCUUUUGUCGGAAGCAGGCCUCUAGCCAGGAAUUGAUAAGUGGCCAUCCAAAAUGUGCUAUAGGACCUGCUCAAAU